UAUCACUUCCACCCAUGCACACACAACAACAAUCUUACCUUGUCCGCUGUUCCUUCAGCUCAGAGUCCAUAGCCAUGGACUUCCCUCACUGUGCUGCUACAUUCUUUUUGUUUGCCCUUCUAUUCUCGACUACUAAAGCUGUAGAUCCUUGUGCCACUCAGUCAGACACCUCUGAUCUCUCUGUCAUUCCCAUCUAUAGCAAAUGCUCACCUUUUGUUCCGCCCAAGCAAGAAUCAUGGGUUAACACGGUCAUCACCAUGGCCUCAAAAGACCCAGAAAGGCUCAAAUAUUUAUCAACGCUAGCAGACCAAAAGACCACUGCAGUCCCAAUUGCCCCGGGUCAGCAAGUCCUAAAGAUUGCUAACUAUGUGGUCCGGGUCAAGUUGGGCACCCCGGGUCAACAAAUGUUCAUGGUCCUUGACACCAGCAACGAUGCUGCAUGGGUACCAUGCUCAGGGUGCACCGGAUGCUCCAGCACCACAUUCUUACCCAAUGCCUCUACGACUCUUGGGUCACUGGACUGUUCUGGAGCCCAAUGCUCCCAAGUCCGUGGAUUUUCCUGCCCAGCUACCGGGUCCUCCGCUUGCCUUUUUAACCAAUCUUACGGUGGAGACUCCUCCUUAACAGCUACUCUUGUGCAAGAUGCAAUAACAUUAGCCAACGAUGUAAUUCCAGGUUUUACUUUUGGAUGCAUUAACGCAGUCUCCGGUGGGUCAAUACCACCCCAAGGGUUAUUGGGUCUGGGCCGUGGACCCAUCUCGUUAAUUUCUCAAGCAGGGGCAAUGUACUCGGGUGUCUUCUCUUAUUGUCUACCCAGUUUCAAGAGCUACUACUUCUCAGGUUCUCUCAAGCUCGGCCCUGUUGGUCAACCCAAGUCCAUUAGGACCACCCCACUUCUACGAAACCCCCACCGCCCAUCCCUAUACUACGUUAACCUAACUGGAGUUAGCGUGGGCCGGAUCAAAGUACCAAUUCCCUCUGAACAACUUGUUUUUGACCCAAAUACCGGAGCAGGGACCAUAAUCGACUCCGGUACAGUCAUAACCCGAUUUGUCCAACCCGUUUACUUUGCCAUCCGCGAUGAGUUUAGAAAGCAAGUGAAUGGCCCAAUCUCAAGUUUAGGUGCCUUCGACACAUGCUUUGCUGCAACAAAUGAAGCAGAAGCACCUGCAAUAACGCUACACUUCGAGGGCUUGAACUUGGUCUUGCCCAUGGAGAACAGCUUGAUACAUAGCAGUUCUGGCUCACUAGCAUGCUUGUCUAUGGCUGCAGCACCAAACAAUGUGAAUUCAGUGUUGAAUGUUAUAGCCAAUUUGCAGCAGCAGAACCUUAGGAUUAUGUUUGACACGACCAAUUCCCGUUUGGGAAUUGCCCGUGAGCUAUGUAACUAGAAUUCUGUUCCUUUUUCCUAAUUAGCGUUUGCUGAGUUAUGUUUCUUUGCAAAAUAGGCCGUGCUGAAUAAUUAAACAGGACACCUCCUGUUGUCAUAGAAGCUGUGUUGUAUCAUAGAUUAAGGUUUUGUUUAAUUAUGAAAACAAAAUGAGAGUGGUAAUUGUAUUGAUAUGAA